AUGGAUACAACCAUAACCAUGGUAGAAAGACGAUCCAUUUCAGAGCCACCAUACUUCGAUGGUAAAAAUUGCACUGAAUGGAAGGAGCGUAUGAAGAUAUUCAUUCAAUCUUUUGACUUCAAACUUUGGCUUGUGAUCAAGAAUGGACCAAAAGUUCCGAAAAAAACAAUAAAUGGUGAAGAAAUUGAGAAAUCCGAAGAUGAGUUCAAUGAUGAAGACAUGAAGAUGAUGGAACAAGAAGCAAAAGCCAAACAUAUUUUAUGCUGUGCCUUAAACCCAGCUGAUCUUGAAAGAGUUUCAAGUUGCAAUACAGCAAAGAAAAUGUGGGAUGAGCUCGACAAGGAAGUGACAAUACCUGAAGUCAAUUCAAAAGCACCGAUAUUAUCAAGAGUAAAAACCGCUGCAACGGCACUAUUCAACACUCCUAACCUUGAGUUCUUGCAAGAAACAAGUGAUGAUGCAAAGAAAAAGUUUCUCAACCUUUGUGUUCCAAUUCACAAGCUUGCUCUAGAAGGGAACUGGCUAGGAGCCAAGCGCAUCAUAGACAAAGAAAAUAAGUUGAAAAAUGCUGCCAUAACAUAUGGGUGGCCUACACUACUGCAUAUUGCAGCAGGUGCAAACCACAUCGAAUUUGUGAAGCAGUUAUUAGAAAUGUUGGAUGAUACUAAAGACUUGAAAUUGCAAGAUAUCAACGGCAACACUGCUUUCUCUUUUGCUGCUGCAGCUGGAAACGUCGAAAUUGCUGACUUAAUGUUGGAAAAAGACAAUCAGUUACCAACAAUUAGAGGUGGAAAUGGAUAUACUCCUAUUCAGCAUGCUGCUUUGCAGGGAAGAUACAAAAUGACAUGGCAUCUGUAUGGUAGAACCGUAAAUUGUUUCGAAGAUGAGGAUUGGAAUUUAUUGUUCUUUGCUUGUAUCUACACUGGCAUCUAUGACUUAGCCUUGAAAAUGGCAAAAGAUAAGAAUGAGCUGGCUUUUGCACGCGAUGCGAAUAAAGAGACUGCUUUGCAUUUGUUGGCUCAAAAUGAAAUGUCUUUGGAUUCUUGUUGUCAUGGUCCAGAACAUAAUGAUAAUCCCAUCAUGAUCAAUCCUGACAUGAAAAAUCAUGUGGCUUUUCAGUUGGUUAAAUUUCUUUGGACCAUAAUUCUUGAUAAAUACUAUUAUUCAGAAGCAGAGUUAAGAAAAAUCAGAAACGAACCUUCUCAACUAAUAUUUGAUGCUGCAAAAGUUGGAAAUUUUGGAUUCUUAUCAGAGCUUAUCAGUGGUUACCCUAGCUUGAUAUGGGAUGUGGAUAGCAAAAACCGAACUAUAUUGCACAUAGCUGUAAUGCAUCGCCACGCUAGUAUCUUCAACCUUGUACAUAAAAUAGGGCAUAUAAAGGGUGUCAUAGUGACUUAUGAAGAUGAAGAACGAAACACUUUACUGCAUUUGGCUGCAAAAUUAGCACCACGAAGUCAACUUGAAUUGGUGUCUGGAGCAGCUUUUCAAAUGUGCCUAGAGUUAUUAUGGUUUGAGAAAGUAAAGAAGAUAAUGAUGCCGGCAGAAAUAAAAAUGAGAAACUCUGAAGGCGACACUGCACAAGAACUUUUCUCAAAGGAGCAUGAAAAACUAAGGGAAAAUGCGGAGUCCUGGAUGAAAAAAACGGCCGAGUCUUGUAUGCUAAUUUCAACUGUCAUUGCUACUGGAGUUUUCACUGCUGCACUUAGUUUACCGGGCGGAACAAAUGAUGGCACAGGGAAACCAAACUUUUUAGCUAAACCAUCGUUCUUGGUGUUUGCAAUAUCAGAUGCAUCGGCACUUAUCUCAUCUUCAACUGCAAUAUUGAUCUUCUUGUCUAUUCUUGUCUCGCGCUAUGGAGAGUAUGAUUUUUAUAAAUCACUCCCUUUAAAGCUAAUAUUUGGAUUGAUCGCAUUGUUCAUCUCCAUAACGAGCAUGAUGGUAGCAUUUAGCAGUGCCUUCUUCAUUACAUACUACCAUGGGUCAAAGUGGGUUCCUAGUUCCAUUGCAUUACUUUCUUUCCUCCCUAUACUUUUGUACAUAGGUUUGCAGUUUUCGUUAUUUUCAGAUAUUAUUUACUCAACUUACUACUGGAGGAUGCUAUCUAAGCCCGGUAAAAACAUGAUUUAUGUCUAG